AUGAACACAGCAGAACAAUUAAACAUGACUCAAGUAGAAGAUUAUCAGCUUCAACCUUCUAACUGCUGCUCAACCGCGUACACAGUGUAUGGUGAGAACUUUCUCAUGGAGGAUGACAGCACAAGGCUGGUUGCAGUUCAAGUUAUCCUCAUCCUUGCUUACAGCACAAUCAUCUUGUUUGGAGUCACUGGGAACUCCUUGGUGAUAUAUGUCGUCUACAAGUUCAAAAAUCUGCGGACUGUGACCAAUUUCUUUAUCGUAAACUUGGCUGUUGCUGACUUGCUCGUAAACACGCUGUGCUUACCUUUCACCCUUGUCAACACCCUCUAUGGCAAAUGGAUGUUUGGUCAGGUGUUGUGCUUCAUGCUACCCUGUGCUCAAGGCAUGGCUGUGCACGUGUCCACCAUCACUCUGAAUAUCAUUGCUCUGGACCGCCACAGGAACAUUGUCUACCACAUGGAGACUAAGAUGUCCAAAGACAUGUGUGCUGUUGUUAUCGUCAUCACGUGGGCCGUCAGUGCCCUGUUGGCUAGUCCCCUUGCCAUUUUCAGGGAGUACGAGAUGCUUGAUCUGUCACCGGCCGAUACUCUUCACGUGUGUGCGGAGAAGUGGCCGGGAAGCAGCAUGAAUGGAGCCAUCUACAGUAUAUCGAUGCUUCUGGUUCAGUACUGUUUGCCUUUAAUAAUCAACUCUGUCGCUUACAUUCGCAUCUGGAAUAAACUGAAGAAUCACAUGGCUCAUCGAAACGAUCGAAAUGACCGUAAUCAGCGAAGGAAGAAGACCACCAAGAUGCUCCUGACCAUGGUGGUGGUCUUUGCCGUCAGCUGGUUGCCUUUCCACGCCUUCCAGUUGGCCGUUGACAUCGACAGCAGCGUGCCGUACAUGAAGGACUUCAAGCUGCUUUUCACUGUGUUCCAUAUCAUAGCGAUGUGCUCAACAUUCGUCAACCCCAUCCUGUACGGCUGGAUGAACAACAACUACAGGAUGGCUUUUAUGUCUGUGUUUAAGUGUUACCCGCUUUCCAGCGUGACCGCAAGAUGCUCCAAAGCCAGAGAGACACAGAAAGACGAAGAUGGGGUUUGUACUGAUUGUAAAUCAACAAAUGUCUAA